CUGCUGCGGGAGCUCGGCCUGCGGAACCUGCGGGAGCUGGAGGACCUGAUCAUCGAGGCCAUCUACGCGGACAUCGUGCAGGGGAAGCUGGACCAGCGGAACGAGCUGCUGGAGGUCGACGGCAGCAUUGGGCGCGACAUCCGGCCCGUGGACGUCCGCACCAUGGCUCGCACGCUGCAGGAGUGGUGCAAUGGUUGUGAAGCAGUUCUCUCUGGCAUCGAGGACCAGAUCAGCCGAGCCGAUCAGUACCGUGAACACCAGCUGCAGCUUCGACACCAGAUCGAGACCGAGGUCCUGAACCUGCGGAAGACGCUGAAGACGACGGCGGGUUCCACUGCCCAGGAGACAGAGCAGCACCUCAUGGAGUCGCGGGAGCCCCCGCCCCCCGAGGACCUACGCCAGACGGGCAAAAAGGCGUCCAAGGUGAAAGGGCUUCGAGGGAGUGGGAAGAUCUGGUCGAAGUCCAACUAGAGGCCAGAGAGAACGUCGGUCCUGAUCACACCCCACUCCCUCCCUCCUCCCCCUCCCCCCCCCUAACCCUCCGCCUACAGCCAAGGUCGACGACGUCCCGGCGACCAGCCGCCACAGGCUGAGCUCGGCCGCGCCCGGGGUUGGGGGGGGGGGGGGCGACAUUCGGUCCCGUCAGCCCCUCCAGACGCUCCGCCCCGUCCCGGGACGCGGGCCGGGAGACGCCCGCCACACGUCCAUCUGCAUCGGGGAAUUAAAAGUGUGCUCCUGCUUUGUCGCA